AGUUUUAGAAUGACAUCAAAUGGUUGAGGUGAGAGGCCAGAUCUAGCCUGAUACAACAUAAAACAGGUUAAAUAUUUUGGCCUGUUCGAAUGCUAAAGGGUUAAACCAAUCUGUCUGAAAUUUUGAUUGCAUUGAUUGUUAAUGCAGGGUUUCAGCUGAAAACAGUUCCAUCAUAGUUUUAUAGGCUUUCAUGCAGUAGUGUUUGGCCUAGACGGUGAAAUACUCCAGAAACUAACAAGACUUGCACCACCUGUUGGCUUGAAACAUCAACUUCCCCAGGAUGGCUAACCCACUAGCAGAUCUGGUCCUUCAACUUUGCAAGAGGAAUCAGUAUUGCUCUUCAAAGUUCCAAGAACUCCAACAUAAAGAAGAAUGGACUACAUCAAAUAAGCAAGAGGUUCUUACACUUCUAGCAGAAUUAUUCCUUCAUCCAACAUGUACUGAAGAUGUAACAUAUUGUAGCAGUACAAUUCUAUUAGAUUUGGUUGAGAGAGUAAAAAGCAUGGUAGUAAGUAGUGAGAGCAGUCAGACCACUUCAUUACACCAAACAUUCUGCAUUGCUCUCAGUAAAGCUGUUAGUACAUGCCCUUCACUUAAGAAAUUUUUUAUAUUAUAUCUCAAAAACAGUUCACCUUUCUUGUAUUCAGAGCAAGAUGUUACUGAACCAGCAUCCAAAAAAAUGAGGCUGGAGUACAGUCAGUUAUCAUUAUCAGACUCCCAUCCUUUAGAACUUGUCCAGACAGCUUAUCGCUGUGUUGUGAUUUUUGGUCGAGAAUCUGAAUCGGUAAUUUCACCGGAACAUUUAUUACCAUUUUUAUCAAAUGAUAACAAAGAUGUCCAGUGGUUUACUGUGCAGACACUUGCAACUCUUUUGCAGAUGUCUGCACGCCAGCGAGAUACUCUCAUGAAGCGUUACUUUCAACGUGAAGAAAUGGUCCAACUGAUGUUGCGCUAUAAAAAGCUUCUGCUUUGGCCAGAGACGAAUACCAAUGACACUAGAGUAAAUGGCAAACAGCUAAAGACUGCUACUUACCUGGCUGAAAAUAAACUCCUUGAUUCACAUGUUGUUUCUGUCAGUGGCAUACUUCUUCCUAAAAUUCUGAGAAAACCUCGAGGAAUGGAAUCAGAACUUGUAUCUGUUCCCACCACAGAUAAGAACUUGCAACGUCUAGCACAUGAAGUUAACCUUGGUAAUCCAGUACUACUACAAGGUCCUGUUGGGUGCGGCAAAACCUGCAUAGUUGAAUGUCUAGCUCAGAUGACAGGUCGUCGGAAAAGCUCCCAUCUACUAAAACUUCAACUUGGAGAUCAGACUGACAGCCGAGCCUUGUUGGGCAUUUAUCAGUGUACUGAUGUGCCUGGAGAAUUUGUUUGGCAGCCAGGGAUCCUAACACGAGCUGUAUCUGAAGGUUAUUGGGUUCUUUUGGAAGACAUUGACCAUGCUCCUAUGGAUGUUAUUUCUUUAUUGUUGCCCCUCCUUGAAAACAAAGCUUUGAUGAUUCCCAACCGUGGACAGAAAAUAACUACCUCCCCUGGAUUUCAGUUAUUUGCUACCUACCGUACUCUUCCUGGCACCGGUUCAUUUGUCAGUAGUUACAGUAGUGCAAUGUCUGCACUAUUAGAAAAAAAUUGGACAAAGCUCAAUUUAGAACCAUUAUCUAAAGACGAACUUUAUGAAAUAAUUUCCCAGAAAUAUCCUGCAUUACAUUCUAUCAUUGACCGUCUACUUGAAAUUUAUUUCUUGUUGUCACGUGGGGAACAUGUGGGAAUGAUGGAAGUGGAUGAUGACAACAAAUUCAAUAGCAAGUUCUUUUCCCAUGACAAACGAUUAAUAUCAACCAGGGAUCUCUUGAACUGGUGCAAAAGAAUUGCUUGUUAUGAUUUAACAUCCUCUGCAAUUAGCCAACUUGUUUUUCAAGAAACUCUUGAUUGCUUCUGUUUCAGCAUCAGUUGCCCGAAACGUCGGUUGCAGCUUGCAGAAGCAAUAGGUGCCAAGUUAAACAUCACCAAAUCAAAAGCCGAAUACUACUGCAUGAAAUACAAACCAAAUGUGCAAAUUUCCACUUAUGAAUUCCUAGUUGGAAGAGUUAUCCUGCCUAAAAUUAAACCUUCGACUAAACCCAUAGAAUCUUCUCACCACCGUCUGUUCUCUUUUACACGGCAGUCAUCUGCUCUUUUGGAAAAAGUAGCUGCCUGUGUCCAAAACAAUGAUCCUGUUUUGCUUGUUGGAGAGACAGGAACUGGCAAAACUUCAACUAUUCAGUACUUAGCUAAUCAACUUGGACACCAUUUACAGGUGAUCAAUAUGAACCAACAGAGUGACAGUACUGAUCUUCUUGGUGGCUUCAAACCAGUUGACCUCAAAUUGGUUGUAAAACCGUUCAAAGAUUCCUUUGAAGAAUUAUUUUGUAAGACUUUUUCUCGGAAGCAAAAUGUUGUAUUUUUAACUCACAUUGAAAACUGCUAUUGCAAAAAGUUUUGGAGAGAUAUGUUUACUUUGAUGGAACAUACCAUUAAAUCAGCCAUAAAGAACCAGACUGAAAAUUCUGAGAUGUGGAUGCUGUGGAAAACUCAAGAUAAGAAGUUAAAACAGCUACGUCUCCAAGUGCAGAAAACUGAAAGCACUUUAGCAUUCACAUUCAUUGAAGGAACUUUGGUGAAGGCACUAAAGAAAGGAGAUUGGGUUCUUCUUGAUGAAAUCAACCUGGCCACUACAGAAACAUUGGAAUGUCUAAGUAGCUUACUGGAAAGCAAAUCUGGUUCUGUUGUACUUUCUGAACGAGGAGAUCUUGAACCUGUGAUCAGGCAUUCAAAUUUCCGUCUUUUUUCUUGCAUGAAUCCUGCCACUGAUGUUGGUAAAAAAGCACUCACUCCAAGUGUGAGAAACCGUUUCAUGGAAUUUUAUGUUGAUGAGUUGAAUGAUGUUCAGGAUUUGAAAGUGUUGGUGAAUGAUUAUUUAUCUGGUUUGUCAUUGUCCCCUUCUCAAAUAGAUGGACUGGUCAAUUUCUACAUGCAAGUUCGUGUUCUAGCUACCAAACAGCUUACUGACGGCACAGGCCAUAAACCACAUUACAGUUUGAGAACUUUCUGUCGUGCCCUGAUGUGUGCAUCAUUUAAUCCUGGCGGAGUGAUAAAUCGAACUCUGUAUGAAAGUCUUUGUAUGAGUUUCCUCACUCAAUUAGAUCGUUCCUCAUACCCAUUAGUUGAACAGUUGGUUUGUCGCCUACUGCUUCAAAAAGCUGACAUUAAUUCAUUGUUAAAAAGACCCAUACCAGAGCCUACCAUCAGUAAACACCUACAAUUUGAAGGUUAUUGGAUUCCUGUUGGUUCAUGUGAGCCACAGGUUCCAGAAAAAUACAUCCUAACACCUUCUGUUCGAGCAAACCUAAAAGACCUUGCCAGAGUUGUUUCAAUUGGAAGACACCCUGUUUUAUUACAAGGAGAAACGUCUGUUGGUAAAACUAGUCUUGUGCAGUGGUUGGCAACAUCAACUGGCCAUCGUUGUGUGCGGAUUAAUAACCAUGAACAUACAGACUUGCAAGAAUACAUUGGCAGUUAUGCAGCUGAUGAGGCAGGAAAGUUAGUUUUCAAAGAAGGUGUGCUUGUUGAAGCUAUGAGGCAAGGUUAUUGGAUUAUCUUGGACGAACUCAACCUGGCUCCUACUGAUGUCCUUGAAGCACUGAACCGUCUUUUAGAUGACAACCGAGAACUUUUUAUUCCAGAAACACAAGAAAUGGUAAAAGCACAUCCUAAAUUUAUGCUGUUUGCCACACAAAAUCCUCCUGGUCAUUAUGGUGGAAGGAAAGCAUUGUCUCGUGCAUUUCGCAACAGAUUUGUUGAACUCCACUUUGAUGAAAUACCCAGUGAUGAAUUGGAGACAAUUCUGAGUCAGAGAUGUGACAUACCACUAUCAUAUGCUAAGAAACUAGUAAAAGUCAUGUUGGAGCUACAGACACGCCGUAGCAGCUCAGCUGUCUUUGCUGGAAAACAGGGCCUCAUGACCUUGCGUGACCUAUUCCGUUGGGCAAACCGUUAUCAUUGCCCUGUAGCUGACGAGAGUAACUACGAUUGGAAUCAGCAUAUGGCAGAUCAUGGUUAUAUGUUGAUAGGUGGCAAGAUGCGGAAACCAGAAGAAGAAGAUAUUGUACGGGACAUUCUUCAGAAGUUUUUCCGACGUAAAGUGUGUCCAGAUAAUUUGUUCAACUUAUCUUCAGAGACAUCUGUUACAACAAUGGCAAUGUUGAAAAGAUUAACAAGUGAUACGCUUGAUAACUUUAUGCAUAUCUUUUGGACCUGCAACAUGCAGCGGUUAGCUGUCCUUGUGAAUCAAGCCUUGCAGUAUAAAGAACCAGUCUUACUUGUUGGUGAUACAGGAUGUGGUAAAACAACAGUCUGUCAGAUGUAUGCUGCUAUGGAAGGAAAAGAAUUGUAUUCCAUCAACUGUCACUCCAAUACUGAAGGUUCUGAUUUCUUGGGUGGCCUACGUCCAGUACGAAACUCUAAUAACAUGGAAACUGAAGAGAAUGAUGAGAAUCAGCAUAUAAAUAAACUAUUUGAGUGGGUUGAUGGCCCAAUGGUGCAAGCUAUGCAAACUGGUUCUCCAUUUCUAGUCGAUGAAAUAUCUCUUGCUGAAGACUCUGUUUUAGAACGCCUGAACAGUGUGCUGGAACCCGAACGUACUCUACUGCUCUCGGAGAAAGGCAGUGGUGAUGCUAUGGAAAAUAAAGUUCCAUUGCUUACUGCCAAAGAAGACUUCCGCGUGCUUGCAACAAUGAACCCAGGUGGAGAUUUUGGAAAGAAAGAACUCUCACCUGCACUACGGAAUAGAUUUACUGAGAUUUGGUGUCCCCAAGUUGCAUCUCCUGGGGAUAUGGUAAGCAUCAUUCAACACAACCUCCAGCCAAGCAUUCGUUUCUCUGACAGAUCAUCUGAAGGUGAUACAGAAGAUGAUGAGAUGGACAUUGCUAAUGCUAUAAUGACUUUUGUUGAAUGGUUUACUUGUACAGACUUUGGCAAAAAGUGUGUUGUCAGCAUUCGAGAUCUUCUAUGUUGGGUGGACUUUCUCAACACCUGCUCCUUGUCUUAUGAGGAUGAUGAUGAUGAAUUAAUGGAAAUAUCUAAAGUGGAUACUUCUGUUGCUUAUGUACAUGGUGCGUGUCUCGUUUUCCUUGACAGUUUAGGGACAGGGACAACUGCACGAGUAAACAGAGAAACUGAAAUACAAAAUUUCAAAGAAGAAUGCUUACAAUUCCUCCUUUGGCAAGUGAACAACAGCUCAACACAGAAGUUGACUAUGGAGUCACUUGAACUUCUUGACAAAAGACCAACCGGUUAUUCGAAUGAAAUUGCCAUUUGUUCUGACACUCAUUUUACAAUUCCACCAUUUAGCAUACCUCGUGCUGAUUCUCAAAGGUUUCAAAAUGAAAAGUAUGCUUUCAAUGCACCAACAACUUGCAUGAAUGCUCAAAGAAUACUCCGGGCACUACAACUUCCCCGACCGAUUCUGUUGGAAGGUUCACCAGGCGUAGGAAAAACAAGUUUAGUUGCUGCCAUCGCCGAGGCAGCUGGGCAAGAACUUGUCCGUAUCAACUUGUCUGAACAGACUGAUGUAUCUGAUCUUUUUGGUGCUGAUUUGCCUGUUGAAGGAGAAGGAUCAGGAGUGUUCAGUUGGCGUGAUGGGCCAUUGUUACAAGCUCUCAAGAGUGGACAGUGGAUUAUUUUAGAUGAAUUAAAUUUGGCCUCACAAUCUGUUCUGGAAGGAUUAAAUGCAUGUUUAGAUCACCGUGGAGAAGUUUUCAUUCCAGAAUUAGGCAAGACAUUUUAUAUUCAGCAAGCCAGUACGCGUAUCUUUGGAUGCCAGAACCCGUAUCAUCAAGGUGGUGGGCGGAAAGGACUACCACGUUCUUUUUUGAACCGAUUCACAAAAGUAUUUAUUGAUGCACUCAGUAGAGGAGAUCUCCAGCUCAUAGCUACAACUAUGUAUCCAUCAAUUCCUGAAAAGCUUCUUUCCAAUAUGGUUCAUUUUAACAUGAAAAUGCAAACUGAAGUGGUCUCUUUGCGUUCAUGGGGCCAAAAAGGUGGUCCCUGGGAAUUUAACCUUCGUGAUUUGUUUCGUUGGUGUGAACUGCUCGUUGAUAAUCAAUCCCCUGACUCUUUUGACCCAGGAGAGUAUCUCAAUCUUAUUUAUGCAGACAGAAUGCAGACCAAAUUAGACAGAGACAAAGUGAUUGAAUUAUAUCAACACACUUUUUCUUGUCUGGCUCCAAUCUAUCGACCUAGUGGUCAUUUCUCACUUAGUCUAGACUGGGUUCAGUGUGGCCAUUCUUUUCUGCAGAGGCAUCAAGAAUACUCCAUUAAUAUUGAAAGUAGCAAGAAUCUCAAGCUAUUGCCCCAAAGGCUUCCUGUUCUUGAGUCAUUAAUGAAAUGUGUUCAAAUGAAUUGGUUAACCAUUCUUAUCGGGAGCCAAAACAGUGGUAAAACCAGUACCGUCCAAAUGUUGGCCGAGUUAACAGGCAAUCGGCUCCAAGUCCUUCCUAUGAACAGUGCCAUGGAUACUACUGAGCUUCUUGGUGGAUUUGAACAAGUUGACAUUGGUUGUCACAUUGAAGAAAUUGGUACCCGAGUGAAACAAGCUAUAGAUCAUUCUUCUCGUAAACAACUCGCACUCGGUCAUUUCACUGAUGUUGAGAAUAAUAUUGCCUACCUCUAUCACUUGUGGCAUAAGUACUGUUGCUUUGUACCAAACAAAGGAUCUUUAAUUUCCAGUGCAAACGAACUAAGUUUGAUGAAGAAACAAAUGAAGGAAUUGGAUAUCAUCAUAGGACAGCUGCUUAAUUUGAACCGGGAAGACAGCAACGAACUGUUGGAAAUGGACAGUCAGUUGACUACAUUAAGUCAAUCCCUAGAACGUAUUGAGAACACCUCCAACAGUAAUGCCUUUGAGUGGAUUAACAGUACUUUGGUGCGAGCCUUGCAGUCUGGUGACUGGUUAUUGGUUGAAAAUGUUAACUUCUGCAAUCCAUCAGUACUUGACCGUUUGAAUGCUUUGUUAGAACCCUCGGGUGUUCUGACUGUCAGUGAAAGAGGAGUCAUUGAUGGGGAAGUUCCAGAAAUUGCUCCCCAUUCAAAUUUCAGACUUUUUUUUACAAUGGACCCCAAAUAUGGAAAUAUUUCUCGUGCCAUGAGAAACAGAGGAGUUGAAAUUUACAUUCUAGAAGAUUCUGCUGGUAAAGAAAAUUCAAAUUCAGAAUUUUCACUUUGUAACUCCGAUGGAAGUAUCCGAACAUCUCGUGCACAGUUCCCCACUGCAUCCUUACCUUUAAUUCAACAAUAUUGUUCAUAUCCUCUUCUGACCCAUGCCCAGCACUUGGUUAGUGUAUAUAUUGAAGUUCUCAGGCAAGUUUUGUCAUCUGCAUAUUGUUGCCCAAAUGUAUCUGCAUCUCGAUGGCCUCUGGCCAACUUCAUUCAACUUGUGACCAAUCAUGUUCAUGGCCAAAACUGGAAACUCUGUAGUGAACUUAUCUCACCAUUGUUAACUGAAGUCCAGCUGGAAGUCAAUUGCUCUGACUUAUCUACUUAUGGUGGUUGGAAACUUGUUUGUGGUCAGCAUGACCUUCCAGAGCUUACGCAGGUCACACUGAUUGCUCUGUUUGGCCAUCCACUUAAAGAUAUUUUACUGAACUGUCUGAGCAGUAUGAAGACUUGUAAUAAUGGAGCAGAGAUCUUGAUGAGAGGGCCCUAUGAUUUUCAGUGGAACAAACAAGCUUUAUACAAAAUGAUAUCAGUAUGUAAUGCAGAAUCAACUUCCACCAUCAGUCUGUUGGAGCAGUUAACUGGAGUUAUUAACAGAAUCAAACUAUCACAAGUUUUGACAGUUGAAUGGCAGCUAAGCCAAGAGAAAUACAAGAAAUGGGAAGCUCUCUGUGAAGGUACACAGCACAUGGCAUCUGAAAACUCUGCUCAUUUGAAAGUCUUUGUGUACAUUGAUAACAUAUUGGUUGGUCUUCGCCAGGAGCUUCGGGCAGCUUUUAGUGAACAAGGAGAUUGUUCUGACAAACAGUUUUAUCAGAUUUACUGUGGACUACCUUGGUUGAAUCGUCUUUUGGAUGUGGCAUUAAUGCAUUGGGAAAGAGAACUAUCCCCUCCAAGUGCUGCUAAUCUUAGUCUUGUUUGGAACUGGACAUUUUCAAAACUGUUGAUGCCAUUAAUUAGUCAUAAUAGUCCUGUUAAACUGUCUGACAAAAUCGACAAAGUCAUUAACCAUCUCCAUGACUUGCUUUCUGAUAGAAAGUCUUCUUCAAAACUGCUGAAAAAAAUUCUUGCUUCUUGGGGCAAUCCAACACCAUUUUACUCUAAGUGGGAAUAUCUACAGUGGCAAAAAUUACAAUGUCUUGCUGAAAAAAUAGAUAUAUUUGCUGAAGACAAAAUUAGACAAAUCACUUUAUCACAAACAGAUUUGUUAAAACUAAACAGAGCAAAUAUAACUGAGCAGUUUGUGGAACUGAUCACACAACUGAACAGUAGACUGAAAUCAAAUGAGAACCAGCAAAUGUUUGAAUCUCUUCUUGACAAUUUGGAAUUAAAAAUAAACAGCGUUCAUUCACCUGGUAGCUCAGAACAAGAUUCUGAAUGUCAAGAUAGUACUUCAGUACAAACAUUGGACAAUGAUCAACGUUUGUGGCCACUCUAUGAACAUACUGUAUUGGCUGUUGAACGAAGGAUUCUCAAUUUCUUAUUGGAGCAGCAUGAACCUGAAUUAGUAACCUGGCUGCCACCAUUUAUAGAAUUUAUGAAACAACAUCUUGUUGUUUCACCACUAAGUCUUGCUGAAUACCGCAAACUGCUCUCAUCUCUUGGACAGGGUAAUUCUAAAACUUUCUAUUCUACCAUUCUGGUGUCCUAUUUCCAGCAUUGGUGGAAGAACUCCAUUAAUGGACUAAGUUUAGAUGAUUUCAAACUAUCCGAAAGAAUCCUUGGACCUGGCAUUGCCAUAAGCAGUUGUCUGGUUGAGAUUUUACAUUCUCUUAUAUCUUCACAUCAGCUAAAGUCUUAUGGAAGUUCUAAUUAUCGUUUCUCCAUGGACAACUGUGUUUUACUACCUCAGGUAGCAAUUGGUCAUCACAAGAACGAAGCUCAGCUAUUUGCCAAAAUCCGAUCCCACCUUUGGGUUCAUACAGCAUCUCUUUCCAGUCUUCAGUUUAAUGGCAGAAAUAUUGAACGAAAGAAUAUUCUGGAGAGUUUACAACACACUCUCAUAGCUAUUGGCUUCACUUUACCUCAGUUUUGUGAGUCUGAUGUCCCAGAUUUACAUUUGAUGAAUAACAAGUCUACCCACAUUAACACUUUCCUUAGCCACAUGAAAGAUUGUUGCUAUUUUGAUGAGAUAGUUGUCAAACUUACCGAGAAAGCAAUCAACUGCGUUCAAGACAUGUUCUUAGAUGCAAAUGAGAGUAACACCUCUGCAACGAGCAUUGGAACAGCAUUAGUUCUUGUUGGCCUUCUACAAAGCUAUAUCCUCGGUCCUUGUGGUCAUUUGGACCCUGUAGAGAGGGACAAGCUUAAAUUGUCUCAUCUCCAGGAGGACUUGGAAAUGAUCAAUUUAGAACUGAAAAUGGAAAAUCUGUUCAAUGAACUUAUGAAUGGUCAGUCAUUUUUAGAUCUGUGCCACAACCAGCUUCACCCACAGAUUAUUUGGCUAAUGGAAUAUCGGGAAAAAUUAACCAACAAAGUACAUGGCUUGUUGAGCAGGACUGCUUAUCGUCCUGAUAUCUCCAGUUUCCCCAUGAUUAAACAAGAAUAUGCAAACUAUCACAUGGCUGCUGGAUCACACGAGUUGAUUCUCACAUUUUUACACAAGGCAAAGACAAUGUCUGAAGAACAUUUUGAAAGUAAUGAAGUCUCUCGUUUGCUUCAAGAGCUGGAAAGUUGGCAAAAGACUGUCCACAACUUUGUGCAGAAAAUGCAGAUUAAUUAUCCUGUGUAUCGGGAUAUACUCACACCAUUUUAUUCUUCUCUUUAUCAAAUGAGUCAUGGUUUUGCAUUGAUAAUGCAGAGUUUACAGACAACAUGCUGUCGGCAAAACCUAGCCAGACUUUGUAAUCUUUCAAAUGAAACAGAAUUUUCUUGGUUGGAAAACUUAUGUGUAUGCAUGGCAAAGUUCCCAAGCUGCAGCAGAAAUUAUCCUAAUUUCCUUGAUUUGGCCACAGCUUUAACAUCAGAUCUCACUUUGCAACUGAGUCAUGCUGUUGUUUCUAGUCAAAUGAAAACAGAAGACUCUAAGUCCAUUAGUAGAACUAAUCAGGAGAUUCACUCUCAGCUUUUACUCAGUGGCCUUUGCCAUUUAAAAAACCACGUCCUCACAUCUCAAGAACUCAGCUCACCUGUACUAGAUCGCUUUGCCAGCAUUCUUCGUUUGUUUGUUAGUUCAUGGCACAAGCAACAAGAGGAGCAAAGAAGACUUGAACAAGAGAGAGAUAGUUUGUAUCGUUUCAAGACAAUUCAUCAUGACAGUAGCCCCAAUGACGAGAGGCUUAAUGAAAUAGACUUCAAAAAGAGAUUUCCCAAUUAUCAAAAUGACUUCAUUGAUUUCAUUCCAAGCAAUCUUUUAGAUGAAUCAUCAAAGAAUGUUGGUAAUAAAUCAGGUGGUGAUAACUUAGCUGCUGAUACUGAUGAAGAUGAACCUCUUUCUCUGUUAAUAACUAAAGAAGAGAUGAAAGAAAUCUGUACCAUACACCAUCAACUUUUUAUCAAUUACACCAAAAAUUCACAUUGGAUAGCCCCUGGCUCCCCUGAACAAUAUGACCCUGGGGUCGGAGUUGAUCUACUCAAACCUUUUCUGCUCAACUAUAAAACUGCCAUGUCUCUAUCUUCUUAUCUGAAAGCCUGCUUACACGAAGGUUACGACAUGCAAGUUGUUGGUGGGCAUCUUUUAGUAGUUGCUGCUUUAGAAGAAGUAAUCAAUCAUAAUGAAACAACUAAAUUGGGUGUUGUUAAGGAACCUACACCUGAUCGCUACUAUGAUGUCUAUCAAGAUGCUAAUAUUUCAGAGAUUGUUCAGGCUGAACCAGUUCUGCGGCGUCUUCUGCAGAGACUUAGCCAGUUACUGGAAGAAUGGCCAGAUCACCCGACAUUGAGACAACUGGAAACUAUAUCAAAGAGAAUUCUUACUUUUCCACUAACCAGUCCAAUUAUGAAAAUUCUAUCUGGAUUGGAACUUCUUCUGUACAAGGCACAAGACUGGGAAAGUGUUGCUGCUAAACACGUGUCUCUUGAAACGGAGUUACACGAUAUUUCAAACCUGAUUGUUGACUGGCGGAAGUUUGAACUUAGCUACUGGAAGAAUUCUUUGGAUAUCACUUCUCGUGAAGUAGAAAUUGAAGCAUGCCAGUGGUGGUUCCAUCUCUACCAACUUGUGAUAUCUUUUGUGACACCUGAAACUGAUGAUGUUGAUAAGAGCAAACCAGUUUCAGAUAUAGAGAAGGAAAUAAUUGCAUCAUUGAAACUCUUCUUGGAGAACUCCAGUCUGGGUGAAUUUAAAGCUCGCCUUCAGAUAGUUUAUGCAUUCCACUGCCAACUAAUAAACAUGGAUACUUCACCUCAACAACAGCUAAUGUGCAAAUUACUCUGGAAUAUACAUGAGUUUUAUAAGCAGUUUUUGCCUUUUGUUGAGGCUGAUAUUGAACAAAAGAGAGUGCCAAUUGAAAAAGAGCUGAAAGGAUUUGUCAAGAUAGCUCGUUGGAAUGAUAUUAAUUAUUGGGCUUUGAAACAGGAUACUGAUAAGACACACCGAACUGUCCACAAGCAUAUUCGGUCUUUUAAGAAGAUACUCCAUGAGUCUGUUAAAACUGUCCUUGCAAGUAAUAAAAGUCUAAUUAACACUGACACCAAUAAUGAAGAUUUAUCUGCUGAGGUGUGGAUGCGUCCUAUAGCUCUCACAGAAGAUAAAUGUGCAAACAAAGAAUUUGAUAUUUGUCUCCCACUUGCUCCAGAAAAUAGUUUGAUGUCACGAUUGACUCACCUAAUGCCUCGGGCUUGUAAACAUUACCAUGAUCUUGAAAAGAAGACCCCUUACUUAAAAUUGCUUUUAGCUUUUGAUGAGUUUACCUGUGAAGUAAUAGAAGGCAUUGAAGAAAGGAGCAGAUUACAUGUUUCACCAUCACUCGAUAUAGAAAAGCAGAAGAAACAAGCUAAACACAUUAACUUAAAGCAGAGACAAGGCUUAUCUGAAUUAUAUCGGAACUUAACCAAAAUUGGCCUUUCCUACAAAAAGGGCUUGAUAAGAUCUGAGCAACGCCACAGUGAUGAUUUUCUGUAUGUUGAUCCUGUGGAUGUUAAGACUUCUAUAGACAUGGUAGGAACAAGUUCACCCCAUUAUGCUCCAGUUUUUAAAAGUAUGUGGCAAUCUGGAGAGCAGUAUUACUGGAAUUGCUUAGCACGACAAGCCCAGCUCAAAGUGAUUUUAGAAAACCCAGAAGCAAAAGACUUUGGUUUAAGUAACGUUGAUCGGUGUCGUGGAUACAGUGAACAUUUAAAACAAAUCCUGCUUAACCAACAUGCCAAAUUGUCUGCUUUCACAAAAAGUUACUGCCAAUAUCACAAAAUGAUCCUAGAAAUAAAAACUCCAGCUCUACACAAAUCUUCAUCUUUUCCAUCUCAAGCAGAAAUCUCAAAAUGGUUAGAAACUCUAGAGGAUGUUUCAGUGAAGUGUUGGCAAGGCCUCAGUCAAUUCCAAAUGUUACUAAAAUGUUGUCCCCAGGCCAAUCCUUCUGGAAACACAUCAUGUGUAACACCAUUACCUGUGCACAUGCUGCCACAGACUGCAUUUAUGUCCAUCAAUAACCAAACAUGGAGCAUGUGUAUUGAAAAAAUAAAUGACAUCCUGUCCAAAUUGAAAACUAUUCUGAAAAAACCUGUCACUAAACUUAAAACCAAAAGCAUUUUCUCCUGGAAUGACUUAUGUUUCUUAGAUGCUGGUUAUCUUCGACUUAAGGAGUCAUUGGUACCUUUACAACAAAUCAAAAGAAUGUUCUUAGAACCAGAAUAUAAUUCUGACAGUUCCUUCAGUGAAUCCCUUUCAUUUCUCCAGUUAGAAAUUGAAACCAACACCAAUGCUUUUUUUAUAUGGAAACAGAGACAGAGUGACAUGAAAACAGAAGUUCUUACAACAAUGACACAACAACUCAGUGGUCAAACGUCUGACUUUGAAGGUCUUUCUGAUGUUAACCAGAAAGACAGAACAUUGCCUUUUGACCUGUCACUUGAUGGGUUAACUGACAGUUUUGAUAAUCUUAUCAAGCAAGUCUUACUUGCUAUACAGAAGUUACUGGAAGCCCAUAAGAAAACACCUAAGAGUGAUGACCCUCCCAAAGGUAGUGGCGAUUCAAAAGAAAGCUCCUCUCCUGAAACAUGUGAUAAUGAUAUAGAGAUACUUAAUGGUCAUCUAACACAGUGUCUCCAGCAAUCUUUGUUUACUGACAUCAAGAAUUUAGAUUGUGAGAAAGUUUUGAAAAUUAUCAAGGAACUACUACAAAUGAUACAGGCACCCAGUGAACAUUUAGCUAAGUUCAGUCAGCAACAAGUGGCUUCUGAGUUAUCAAUGAAAUCCAUUUGGUUGAAAUGCUUUGUCGGCUGUCUUCCUUUGCUUGAGUUGUUUGAAUGUUUAUUGGAGAAUUACAUGCUGUACCUGUUGGUUGCAUACCGAACAACAGCCAAGUUGUAUUCUGAACUCUUGACUCAUUUCAUUGAACUUGCAACAAAAGGGUUCUUUGUCCUGCCUGAAUUGUCAGAUGAAACCCAAGAAGGCGCUACCCAGUUUGAGGAUAAAGAAGAUGCAGGGAUGGGUGAGGGUGAAGGAAUGAAAGAUGUAUCUGACCAGAUAGAGGAUGAAAGCCAGUUGGAAGAUGUUCACCAUAAAGACAAGCAGAAACCUGAUGAGCCUGAAAACCAGCCGGAUAUAGCAUCAGAGGAUAACGCAAUUGAAAUGUCUGAAGAUUUUGAUGGCAAAAUUCAUGAUCCAGAUGAAGAAGUUGAUGAAAAUGAUUCUGAAAAUGAAAAUGAAGAUGAAGAAGAUAUUGACAAACAAAUGGGAGAUGUUGAAAGCAAAGGAGCUGAUAAACUUGAUGAGCAACUUUGGGGAUCUGAUGAAGAAGAUGAAGAAACUCCAAUGGAAGAAGAGAAAGAAAGUGGUACAGGUGCUGGCCAAGAAGAGGAAAAACAGAUUGUUGCCAAAAAUGAGAAUGAAGUAAAAGCAGAAGAGAAAAAGAAUAAAGAUGAAGGAAAGGAGGAGGAGGAGGAGGAAGAAGGAAAAGAAAAUCUAGAAGAUAAGAAAGAGGAUAAAGUGAACGAACCUGAAGCAAUGGAUGAAAGUGAAUGUAAUGAUAAAGUUGACCCCUAUCAUGGUAAACCCCAACAAGAAGAGACUGCUGAGAAUCUGGAACUACCAGAAGAUUUGAAAUUGGAUGAGGCUGAAAAUGAUAAAGAGAAAGAGGAAAAGAUGGAGACAUCAUUGCAGGAAGAGGAAGAGAAAGAUAAAGAUCCAACUGAAGACAAAGAGACUGCAUCUAUGGAUGAAGAAUCUGAAACACAGGAAAGAGAAGCAGAAAAGGAUAAAAAGGCUGAUGAGAUGGAGGAAGAAGAUGGUUCUGGGAAUGAAGGAAAAUCGAAAGAGGAUCCUACUGCACCGACGGAAUCAGUUGAAGAAGAUGAGGGUGUAGAGGAAGAGGAGGAAGGUGUUAAAGAUAGUAAAGCAGAUAUGAGUGAUGCAGAAGAUGAAGAAUCAGAGAAAACUAAAGACAUAGAUGACAUACCUGCAGUUGUAGAGUUAAAAGAGGAGAACAAGGAUGAGAGUGGAGAAGACGAGGAUAGCGAAGCUGUCAAGGAUGCUUCUAAGUUUUAUGGCAUGACUGAUGAUCAGAACCAAAAGGCUGAAUGUGAAUUUGCAUUGGACACAGGAGGUGACAAUGAGAAAGAGAAAGACAGAAAACAACAGACAGAUGGUGCUAAUACAGCACCAAGUGAUGCUGAGGCCUAUCACAGUAAAACAUCUACUGAAAUUAGUCAUGGAACAAAUGAAGACGACAGCCAGAAACCCCAGACUCGAAAGCCUGGUAUGACCGAUGACAAUCGCAGUCUUGGUAUGCAAGACAAACCCCACCAGAGACAUGCUAGAACUAUUGAAGAGGUUCAUCAUGAUACUGGAAUGGAGGAAGAGGUGGAGAAAUCAAAAGAUGAAAAGGCAGAUCUGUAUCAACAUGUAACUGAAUCAACAUCACAUUACGAACAACAGAUAAUGGAUGUAGCAACUGAGGAUCAGCAGAAAGCUUGCGCUGCUGAUUACGAUGAGGAUGAUGAUGAAGACGACGAUGAUAUCGAGUCCAUUAAAGAUUCAGAUGCUUCAUAUUAUGAAGAAGAAGACUUUGACGAAGACGAUGAUGACGAGGAUGAUGAUGAUGUGGAGAUGAUUGAAUCAAACAUUGUUAAGAACAGUGUACAGCCGAAUGUAAUUGAAGAAUAUGUUCUAGACGAUGACGACGACGAAGAUGCUCUUGUUGAGGGUGAUGAGUCACAAGUACAGGAUAAUUCUGUAGAAAUACCAGGGUCAAAGGUGGUAACAGAAGGUACCAGCAGACCUCCUGAAUCUUCAAUACACACUGUGAUCAAGUAUUUGGACAAAGAGGAUAUUGUUGAUAUGGAAGAACUGAGGGCAGAGAUUGAAGAACAAUUGUCUAUUUGGUCAGCCAAUCAGCAUUAUGGCAAUGUAGUUGAUUUUGAACGACAAGCUAGUGAAUUAUGGCAGAUGUACGAGCAGAUGACAAAUGCUCUCUCACAGGAACUAUGUGAACAACUCCGCUUGGUUCUUGAGCCAUCACAAGCUACAAAACUAAAAGGUGACUAUAGAACUGGUAAACGAAUUAACAUGAAGAAAGUAAUACCUUAUAUUGCCAGCCAGUUCCGUAAAGACAAAAUCUGGUUGAGACGCACAAAACCAAGUAAACGUCAGUACCAGAUUAUGUUAGCAAUUGAUGAUUCUUCCAGCAUGAUAGACAACCAUUCCAAGCAACUUGCAUUUGAGUCAUUAGCAGUUAUUGCUAAUGGUUUGAGUCUUCUAGAAACUGGUGAACUUGCCAUUUGUAGCUUUGGGGAAAGCAUGCAAGUUAUUCACUCGUUUGGUGAGCAGUUCUCCUGCCAUUCAGGAGCUCGACUUCUUCAGCAUUUUACUUUCACACAAAAGAAGACAAAUAUUGCUUUGCUUUUGCAGCAAGCUUCUGCAUUAAUGAUGGAAAGCCGUCAACAUUACCGUUCUGCUCAAUCGGGUCCUGAUUUUUCUCAACUGUUGCUGAUAGUUUCCGAUGGCAGAGGUCUUUUUUCAGAAGGCAUGGACUAUGUGAAAUCUGCUCUGCGGCAAGCACAAACAGCUAAUCUUUUUGUUGUGUUCGUUAUACUGGACAAUCCAAUAAACAGAGAUUCCAUCCUUGAUAUUAGGAUUCCUGUUUUUAAGGCAUCUGGUCAGCUGCCAGAGAUCAAAUCUUACAUGGACCAUUUUCCCUUUCCAUUUUACAUCAUUCUGCGUGACAUUGACUCUUUGCCACAGACUCUUAGUGAAGCUCUCCGGCAGUGGUUUGAACUGGUUACUGCAGAGACACAGUGAGGUGACGUUUCUGUUGUUGCAAGAUUUAUAGAACUGUAUUAUUUGUGAUUGGAUUAUUCUUCAAAUCUUGCUAUUCAUUUCUUUUUCUUGGUUCUUAUUCAUCUUUUUUUUUUAUAUAUAUAUAUUUUGUGUCAAUCAAGCGAAGCCAAUAAAAGCUAUUUUGCUUAUUAAUAUUGACAGUAUCAUUAGCUGCUAAUAUGUCAUCAUUUUGUAUUCAGUCCUUUUCAUUUUGUGCUUAUAUUUGGCACUGUAUUUCAUCAUUGAAUCAUUAAAAUAUUUACAAAGUA